GGCGCCGGCUGGUGCAUCUUCGUGUACAACCUGUCGCCCGAGGCGGACGAAAGCGUGCUGUGGCAGCUGUUCGGUCCCUUCGGCGCCGUCACCAACGUCAAGGUCAUCCGAGACUUCACCACCAACAAGUGCAAGGGCUUCGGCUUCGUCACCAUGACCAACUACGACGAGGCGGCCAUGGCCAUCGCCAGCCUCAACGGCUACCGCCUGGGCGAGCGCGUUCUGCAGGUGUCGUUCAAGACCAGCAAACAGCACAAGGCCUGAGCUGCCCCCUCCCCGCCACCCCUUCCCCGGGCAGCAGAGAGAGAGAAAGAGAGAGAGAAGGGGCCCGAGAGAGACAGCCCAGGCAGGCGGACCCCAUUCCUGCGGAAGCCACAGGGUGAGCGCCGGGGCGGGGGGUCUGCGGGGAAGAGGGGCGCCCGGGGGCUCCCCGUCCAUCCGCCCCACCCCAUCCCCAGCUGGGCUUCACUCUCUCGUCUUGGUUUGGUUCAUGGUGAAGGUUUUUGUUCCUUUUUUUGGCUAAAAUGAAAGCAGAGACGAGCCCCCCAACCUCCCCUUCCACCACCCUCCGUAGGAUGGUUUGGGGGACACGGUGGGGGCCCCUCCCAGGCCCCUCGGCCCAGGCCUCCCUGACUGUCUUAAGUGGGUCUGGAGAGAGGGGGAAGGGAACUGGUUUAAAAAUCCCCAAAAUUAAAAAAAUGCAAAACGCGAAGAGGGGUGUGGACAUCCCUGGCUCCCAGGACCCCUGGGAGGGAGAAGGGAGCAGGGGGAGGGGCAGGGCCGGAAGCGGAAACAAAAUGGAGAAAAAAAGGGGGGUGGGAGGGGAAGAAAAACUCUAUUUUUGUAAAAAGGGCAAAAGACCUCGUGGAGAAUUUUUACUGGGGAUUCUUGAACUUGAAAAAAAAAAAAUCACAAAAAAAGACAAAAAAAAACAAAGAAACUAUUUUGGCAGGUUAUGUUUACCACUGGGGCACGGGCAGGGCCGAGGGGCCACAGGGCCACACGGGGCUCCGCACUCACACCACAGGGCCAGGCGCAGACGCGCACAGACACACCUGGAGACACGUUGAGGAGCUCAGGGGACAGACCCAGAGGAGACAGGCUUGGGUGACACUGGUGUGGACACGGGCGUGCAGACGGAGUCUGUUUCUGUCCACGCGGGUGCAGGACAUAGCACGGCGGACCCAGACGUGCAGAGCAGAGCAGGACGCCCGGUCAGACCCACAGACAACUCGGGCAGGGACACACGAGCUCAGAGCAGCCCCGGCCCUUCCCUGGACCUUCGGGGUCCCCCUGCUGCCCACCGACAGCGUCACACACCCAGACACACGAUACCUCGUUCCACUUUGGCGUCAGGCGGGCUGGGGGCAGCGCCCCGCCCCACAACACUCGAGGCCAAAGGACCCUGGCCCUGAGCCUCCUCCUCCCACCAGGGCCGGGACUCCCCGGCAGCAAGCACCUAGCAGCCCCCUCAGGCCCGGGGUGGACAGGCCCUACACCCCUUUCCGUCCGCUUUGUCACCCCCUUUGGUUCCUUAGGUUCUGUUUUCGUCUCCAGACUGGGGAGGGCGGUGGUCACAGCCCUCAUCCAGAGGCCCAGCCCUGGCUUCUGUCUGGAUUUUGCCCCCCGCCCCAACAAUGCCUUCUCUUCCCCUACUUUUCAUUGUUUAAAAAAAAAAAAAAAAAUCCCAACAGAAGCCAAAGGCCGGAGCCCUGGAAGCCCCUCACCCCUCAGUGGGCCCAGUCAGAACCGAGAAUCGCGAAGCCCCGUCAGACCCAGUGGCCUUCUCCUCCCCGCUGUCCUCUGCGUCCGGUGUCCGGCCACGGCCCCGAUUUGAACGUCCAGCUCUCUCUCCCCACCCCUCCCGGUGUUGUUACUUAAACGUCUGUGGAGCUUCUGCUGCAAGGAACAAAAGAAAAAAAAUCAAAAAAGUAACAAAAAAAAAAA